GACCACAUCCCGUGGGCCGGCCUGCGCGAGGAGGCGGCGCGCAUGGGGCUGUCGCCGGGGCCCGCGGAAGCGCCGUUCUCGCCGCUCGAGGACUCCGAUGUGUGCGACCGCGCCGAGUUUGGGGAGUGGAGGAACUGGUCCAAGGAGGAGCGCGCCGCGGCGCGCGAAUGGUUCGAGGGCAACAUGCGCGUCUACGUCCUGAACCUGCCGUCGGACGAGGAGCGCUGGGAGCGCUGCUUCGCGGCGCUGUCGGCGCAGCGCCUCCGCGCCACGCGCGUCUUCGGCGUGGACAUGCGGAACCCAGGUGCCCUGGAGACCGCCAAGGCCUCCGGGUGGAUGCCGAGCAGCUUCAACUACACCCGCGCGCAGGAGGUCGCUGCCGAGCCGCGGCAGCGCAUGGAAGGCAGCAUCCUCGGCACUCUCGGCUGCGCCUCUGCCCACUUCAAGGCCCAGGCGCAGGCCUUGGAGGAGGGCGCCCGGCUGGCUCUGGUCCUGGAGGACGACUCGUUGCCGGAGCCGGACCUCGUCGAGAGGCUCUGGGCGUUGGUUCGGGAGGAGCUGCCGUGCGACUGGCAGGUGGCCUCGCUGAUGUCCCGCUGCCCUUAUGGCAAGUGCGUCUCGAGGCACCUGCUGCGGGUGCAGCCCGACGGGAACGAGCCGGCCUGGGGCUGCCGCCACGGCGUGAACUGGGGCAUGCACCCAUGCUCUACCGCACCGACGCCCUCGCGGAGGUGCAGCGCGUCUGGAAGUCGCGCGUGUUCAACGAAGAGACGCCGCGCUGCCUCGACGUGGACGUGGCGCUGGCCUCCAUCUCCGACGAGGUCGCGUACUACGCGGUGCCCUCGAGCCAGAGGCCGGGCUUCUUCCGGGAGGGCGAUGGGCACUCGGCGCGCUGGGACAUCAACAUGGACCUCACCACCGCGGCCCCGUCGACGGUGA